CCACCGUGAAACCGCCGACGCCUCGCCAUCGGCUUUCCAGAGCGCGCCGACCGAGAUGGAGCCGAUGUCGUCGCGCAGCAUGGCUACCUCGUCUACAUCUUCUCGCUCCAACAACCAGAACCGCAAGUACCGGAAGCUUGCUUCCAAGGAGAGCGUGGACGACACACUUUUUGGGUCGACGCGGGCGUCGUCGUCUGCGAGCGGUAGCCGAGGCGGCGCCAAGCGAAGUCAGCUCGCAGGGCGUGAAAUCGUGAAUGGCUCCACCAACCAAGAAGUCGACCCACCCCAUCGCGUCCAGCCGUCGAAAGCUGGUGCAUCGCCAAAGCGCGUGAGGGCCGGUGACGUAUCGGCUGUACUUCCCAUCGACGAACUGCAACGCAUUCGAAACGAGACACGGAUCUUGACCGAUUCGGAGCUCGAAGCCAUUGCAGCCAAGAAGGAGGCAGAUGCGGAAAACAUGCGCAUGCACGCCAAAGCGCGCAAGCAACACAUGAUGGAGCGGGCGGCGGACGCCGCCAAGCGCGCGCCGAAGUCGGACAUCGAGCAACUUUUUGACCAAGAAAAGGACGAGGUCCGAAAGCGCGCAGCCAUUCUAAAAGACCAAGCGCACGACAGCGUCAAGCUCAUGAAGACAUUGGGGGCGCGGGCAGCAGCAUUUACGAUCCGCGACGAGCAAAUCAAGCGCAAGAAGCAGAUCGAAGACGACGACGAGAAACACAAUGCCCAGAUCAACUUGAUGAUGGAGCUGGAUCGCCUCGAAGGCCUCAAGCGACAAGAAGACGUCGCGGAAGAAAAGAAGGCCAAGCGGAUGCACGACCGGAAGGUGCUCGAGGAGCAGAUCCAGGAGCGGCGCGAGUUCAAAGAACGCGCGCAGAAGAUGAUUGAAAAGGAGGGCGAGGAAAUGCUCGAGAAGAUUUGCCAAGCGCAGAAAGACGAAGAAGCACGCGAGAAGGACAAGGUCGCACGGGCGCAAAGGUCCAUGGAGGAAGUGCGAAAGUUCAACGAGGCCGCGAUGGCCAAGAAAGCCGAGCACGCGCGCCUCCUUGCGCUCGAGGAUGAAAAGGUUGUCGAGUACCAGCGCAAGAAGGCCGAGGACGCCCGGUUGCGUGAAGAAGAGGAUGCACGUAAGCGACAGGAAGCCGAGCUCCGGUGUGCCAAGCUCCGGUCGACGCAGGAACGAGCAGCCAACGAAAAGGCCCAACUCGACGAGUUGCGCGCCAAGCGAGCCGUGGAAGCCCGCGAACGCGCUGCGCGAGAGGCCGACCUCGCCCACGAGCGCAAGAUGAAGAAGGAAAUGGACGAGCUGCGCAUCUCUCGCGAAGCCCAAGCGAUGCACCGCCAACGGUCCAAAAUCCAAGAAGCACUCCAGCAAAAAAAAGAGUACGAAAGCAUCAUUGACCAAGUCGAGUCGGACAAGCGGGCGUUCCAAGAGAACGAGGAGCGGCUCAGCAAGAAACGGGCAGAGCACCGCAUUGCACUCCAAAAACAGAUCGAGGACAAGCAAGUUCUCGCGAAAGAAAGGUAUGUCAAAGUGCAACUGGAAGGCAAGGCGCUCAAGCAAGAGUACGCCGACGAACUUCAAAAGCUCGAAAACAUCCGCAUCCAGGAGGUCGCCGACCUCGAAGCCGCCGGCGUGAACCCGGCCUACUUGUCCGAAAUGAAGGCGCUAGACAUUGCCAAAGCAAGAGAUUGCUAGGUCACCAACGACGACGGUGUCGCAGUGGUCAACCACGCUGCAGUCGACAGGGAAACAGAAGGACGUAGGUUCAAUAGAUCAUAUUCAACGUAAUCGGCCGAGGGGGGCAUGGGUAAAGCUGUGCAUAAC